AUGCUUAAAAUCGUAUUAAUAUCUGUUCUGAUCGUGGCUGCCUCAGCUAUGCCAGGUGCGCUUGAACGUGUUGCUCGUUCCCCUCAUCGCCUUCGCGGAGGAAUAGGAUUCGGUGGUUCUCAAGCUGAAAGCUUCUCAGGUGGAUAUGGUGGCGGAUACGGAGGAUAUCCAUACGGUGGAUACGGAGGAUACCCAGUCGGAGGAUACGGAGGAUAUCUAGGCGGAGGAUACGGAGGAUACCCAGGCGGAGGAUACGGAGGAUACCCAGGCGGCGGAUACGGUGGAUAUCCAGGAUACGGUGGUGGCGGCUUCGGUGUGAGUGGUUCAUCCAGUAGCGCAAACUCCUUUGGAGUGGGCAUUGGAUUCAGGAAGUAA